CUCCAGUUACUUUUGUAAAAUCCGCAAAUUAGUUCAAAUGGUUUCUCUGUCGCCUCGUCAUAUCACUGGAAUUCUUUCUGGGGCUCUAAUUUGUAUUUUCUCAUACCAAGUUUAUAACGCAUGGAAACGUCAGCAAAAAAACAACAAGCGAUUGAAGAAGAUUUCUGCAAAUACCACGGAUUUCAGCAUGAUAUUUUCUGGAGAAAAGAAUGAUAGCAAUGAAUACAGUGUUUACUAUGAUGAAGUACAAAAGAUCGGAGAGGACUAUCCUAACGAUGAUCUAGAUGAGAAGCUGGUGGAGGGAGUUUAUAGCCUCGUCAACUCAAACCAUUAUAAAGAACUUUUGGAAUAUCUUCAUGUCCCUUGGCCUUCUGUAGUGGUAAAGGUUGAUCAUUACUUCGAAGCUCGGCGUAAGGAGCCCAAACAUUGGAGUUUUCGACUUCAGUAUUCCCACUUCAGGAAUAUGGAAUGGGAGUCUGAGUUUGGAAAAGUAACUAAGGGAUCAGAACCUGAAACAGAUAGACCUCUGGAUAUUGUUUGCGUUAGUGUUGGACACAAUAGAAUAGUUACUGUUCGUACUUACCAUUCUCCACUUAGUUCAGGGUUUAGAACCUUGUUGUCCCAGCGUGAAUUCAAUGAGACUGGAUUUGUCCAGACCAUGACAGUGAAGGAGUUCCCUGGGUUUAAAUGCCAAAUGUUCUGGGAGAGGACUAAUAUCAAGAGUUAGAGUUGAUUCCUUAAUUACAAUUUUUAAAUUCUUGUUUUACUUUUGUAUAAACUUAAUCCUUAAACCAGUAUCUAUAUAUUGAUCAAUUCUUCUUUAUAUUAAUUCAACUAUUGUUGAUUUUAUUAUCAUAUUAUUUUAUUUACUCACUCUUUUAAAUACAGUUUUUCUAUCUUG